AUGUCACUGACCGCACAUCUGCGCAAAAACCAUUUUCAAUUUUCCCGCAAUUUCUCCCCCCAACCAAGCCCAAUCCCCGAUCUCCAAACAUGCAUAUCGUUUCUUCAAUCGUUCUCCCAAAAUCAAGAACUAUCCAGGGGCAGAACGGUCCACGCUCUCAUGCUUUCUGCCGGCCACCUCCCUUCCCCUUUCUCCGCCACCAGCCUCAUCAACAUGUACUCCAAGUGCAACGCCGUCGCCGACGCUUUCUCUGUUUUCCACGAGUCAACCGAUUUUCACAACGUGUUCGUUUACAAUUCCAUUAUAGCCGGCUUAACUGGUAACGGCUUGCCAAAGGAAGCUUUUGACGUCUUCUGCAGAAUGCGGUUGUCCAGCGGCCUGGUUCCUGAUAAGUUCACCUUCCCUUGUGUUAUCAAGGCUUGCUCGAAUGUGUUGGACUUGAAAAACGUUCAUGGGUUGUUGUAUAAGCUGCAGUUGGGUCUCAAUUUGUUCAUAGCUAGUGCGCUGCUGCAUAGCUAUUUGAAAUUCGAGCUGAUGAGUGAUGCACAACAGCUGUUCGAGAGAUUGUCUGUGAAGGAUGAUAUCGUCCUUUGGAACACCAUGAUUAAUGGAUACGUGCAGAUAGGUGAAUUCAACGAGGCCCUGUCGAUUUUCAAGAGGAUGGCCAGCUAUGAGGUGAUUCCUAACAGGUUCACUGUUACCGGUAUAAUGUCUGCUUUGGCAUUAGCCGGGGACAUUCACAACUGCAAACUAGUUCAUGCUUUUGCUGUAAAAUUGGGAUAUGACUCGGGUCUUGCAGUUUCGAAUGCCCUAAUCGACACGUAUGGGAAAUGCGGUCAACUUGUGGAUGCGUUGACGAUCUUCAAGAACAUAGUAGAUAAAGACAUUUAUUCAUGGAAUUCAAUCAUUACUGUUCAUGAACGGUGCAGUGGUCACGAAGGAUCUUUGAAGCUUUUGAAGGCGAUGUUAAGUUCGGGCUUCCGGCCCGAUUUAGUCACCAUAACUGCCGCACUUCCCACUUGUGCGAAUUUAGCUGCAUUGAUGCACGGUAGAGAGAUACACGGCUAUAUGGUCCGUAGCGGGCUCGACAAGCUUGGCAGCACGUACUCUACAAAUGCGAUCGUGGACAUGUAUGUAAAAUGCGGGAGCAUGAGAGAGGCCCGUCUGAUUUUUGAAGGUAUGAAAAUAAAAGACGUGGCCUCGUGGAAUAUCAUGGUAAUGGGGUACGGCAUGCACGGGUUCGGAAAAGAGGCAAUGGACUUUUUCUCUCGAAUGCUCGACUGUGGAUUGAAGCCCGACGCGGUCUCGUUCGUCGGGAUAUUAUCCGCUUGCAGCCAUGCGGGCUUCGUGGACCGAGGCCGAGAGCUUCUUUCAGAGAUGCAGCCAAAAUACGGAGUGGCCCCAACUAUCGAGCAUUACUCGUGCGUGAUCGACAUGCUCGGGCGGGCCGGGCGGGUCGAGGAAGCCCAUGAGCUGAUUCUGAGUAUGUCGGUCGAGCCCAAUCAGGUCGUGUGGAGGGCUUUUCUGUCCGCGUGUAGGCUCCACGGGAAUGCUGACCUGGCAGAGGUGGCAGCCCGGAGGGUGCUCGAGAUCGGGCCAGGUCAUUGUGGGAAUUAUGUGUUGAUGUCGAAUGUUUAUGGAGCGGCCGGGAAGUAUGAUGAAGUGGCGGAGUUAAGACACACGAUGAGAGAAAAUGAUGUGAAGAAGUCGCCUGGUUGUAGCUGGGGUUGA